AUGUCAGCGCCGGCGGCUUUCCUGGCCGUGCACUGCAAGCGCGCGGAGCACUGCGACCUGAAGGACCCCAUCCUGAAAUACGUGAAGAAUGUGUAUGGAGCCCAGCAGGCGGAUGAUGCGGCGUCCGACCUGGACGAGGUGCAGACGAUGCGGAACGAGGUGCUGGCGCUGAGCACCGGCGGGCCGAGCGACACGGCGCGGGACACGCUGUGCAGGUACUUUCGGGCACUGUCGGUGAUGGAGACGCGCUUCCCGAUCAGCAAGGACCGCGACCACGCGCAGGUGGUGUUCACGUGGAUGGAGGCGCUGCAGCCCAGGAAGAAAACGCGGCAGCCCAACAUCCAUUUCGAGAAGGCCGCCGUGCUGUUCAACUUCGGCGCGGUGCUGUCGCAGCAAGCCACCGUCAAGGACAAGACAACCGCCGAGGGCUGCAAGGAGGCGUGCACAAUGUUCCAGGAAGCUGCCGGGGUCUUCCUGAAGGUGAAGGACGUGGCUCUGAAGAUAGGCACACCUCGCGCCAUUGACCUCAGCCCUGAAAGCCUGACUUUGCUGGAGAAAAUCAUGCUGGCACAAGCACAGGAAUGCGUGUUCUUAAAGGCGCACAAGGACAAGAAGACGGCCAUGGUGCUGGCAAGGGUAGCAAAGCAGACAUCUGUGAUGUAUGCUGAAGCGCUCACCAUGUUUUCACAGCCAGUCUUGAAGGACUACUUUGAGAAGCCCUGGCUGGCACAUGUGCAGCUAAAGAGCUGGCUGUAUGACGGUGUGUGCCAGCAGCAGGCUGCGCAACAAGCUGCUGUUGCUGAGGACAUCGCAAUAGAAAUAUCACGUCUGAGGCAGGCAUCUGCCCUACUGUACAGGGUCCGAAAAGACUCCAAGAACAUGAGCCAUGACGUUCAGGAAAGUGUCAGGUCAACAGAGGACGCUGUGAACACAAGGCUGUCAAGGGCAGAGAAGGACAAUGCCUCAGUGUACCUUGUGAAGGUUCCCCAGUUCUCUGAGUUACCACCUGUCGAUGGAGCCAUCCUGGUGAAGUCAUGUCCUCCUGCCAAGUUGGAUGCAUCAAAGGAGCACUUGUUCUCUUCACUGGUGCCAGAGUCAAGUGCCAAGGCGUUGUCACGCUAUUCGGAGCUUGUUGAUGAGGUCAUUCGCCAGGAGAUGGACAAGCUAGAGAGCGCCACAGAUGAGGCACGAAUGAAACUGAUCGAAUGGGAAUUGCCUGCUCUGCUGGAUGCCAUUGACAGCACCAGGGCAGCUCCUCUGCCAGAAGGGUUGCAACAGGAGCUGGAGGAGGUGGAGCGAGCGAAUGGCGUCACAUACCUGAAGGAGAUUACAGAGCAAAUUGCAGCUCUGUGCAAGACUGGCUGCGAAGAUCUGGACAAGUGUGAGGCUGACCUGGAUGAGGAAGCAAAGAAAGAUACAGAGAUGAGGGCGCAAUAUGGUGACAAGUGGAAACCUCCCGCAUCGUCAUCCUUGACUGUUCACUUCCGGCAACUGAUAUCGUCAUACAGGAACAAUCUGUCCGCAGCCAGCGACAGUGAUAAAGUUGUACUGGACAAGCUGGCCACGAACGAGGCAGCCUUUGCGGACCUCACUGUCCAUGCAGCAGCAGCGCAGAUGCCAAAGCUGCAAGCACCCAUGGUGAACAUGGCAAGUGCAGAUCCUGCUACCAUUGUGGCGAACCUGAGAAAAUGCCUUGAUCAGCUGAACAGUGUUUCAGCUGAAAGGGCUGGCCUUGAGGAUGCUCUGAAGGAGAGGAAAACAAGGGACAACAUUCUUCCAAAGCUGAUGGCCUCAACCGGAUCCCAUGAGGACAUGUUUCAUGCAGAACUAAAGAAAUACGAUGACCUGAAGGUGGAUGUGAAGGACAACCUGGAGAAGCAGACUCAGCUUUUGACGUACAUUGGCUCAGCAAGUGCAUCAUUCAGGGAGGCAUUCAGCGUGCAGGAGUGGAGGAGUGGCUGUGAGAAUACAGCAAAGGACAUCAAAGCAAAGAUCCGUCUGUUUUACGAAGUGCGUGACAACCUUGGGGAGGGCAUGCGGUUCUACAUGUCCUUGCAGGACGCUGUCAGAACAUUGCUUCAGCAGACAAGUGACUUCUGCAUGACCAGGAGGAUACAGAGAGAUGAGCAUUUGCAGGGUAUAAGGGACCAGAUGCUCCCGCCACCGCCACCACCCAGUGCUGUUGCAGAGCAGCUGCCACAACAAGUGCAGAGCAUGGCCCUGCAGGACACCCAGCCCCCGGCACUCCAACAGCCAGCGGAAGCCCAUGCACAGUACCAACCACAGCAGCCACAGCUGCAACAACCGCCACACCUGCAGCAGCCGCCACACCUGCAACAGCCACAGCUGCAGGCACAGCCGCCACAGGCAUACCAGGUUCAGCAGCCGGGCUUCUCCCAGUACCCACCCCACCAGUACAUGCCACCUGCACAACCUGUCCAACCUCCAUAUGGAUGGCCUGGGGCGCAGGCGGGGGCUGGCAUGGCACAGCCUGGCAACAUGGCCCCUGCAGCCCCUCAGUACUACCAAUACCCGCAGUAUUACCAGCAGCCUCCUCCCCACGGAAUGUAUGGUGGCCAACCUGGAGGUCCUCCUCCUGUGCCUCAGCAGUGGCCUCCACAGCAGGGCCAAGACCCAGGCCACCAGACACAAGCUAACCCCCUGCAUCGACCAUCACAAUAG